CACGUGCGUACACAUACACCAACUCUACAGGAGUGUGAAUCCUUUCACGACCUAUCUAUACCAAUAUAUUAUUUGAACUAACCCUGCAUUUGUAAUACAAUAAAACUAUUCCCUACAAACCUCACUAAUCCCAUCAUCCCCGUCCAACCUCUCCGACCCUGUGAAACAACCUCUCUACAUCAUACAUUUCACAAAAUAAUAAUACAUGUUCAACCGCUUCAACAACUGUCCCCUGAUUGGUGGAAACGUUGCAACUAUCCCGCGAGUUUUAAAUUGAUUGACAGCUCUUGAGCACUGGUCGACGUUCGUCUUCGUUCGAAGUCCACUCAAUGAAAAGUCCAUCGUGAAGACAGAUGCUCGACGGUGAAAAAAGUCAAGAUGUCAGUGGUUCAGAUGGUGAAGAUCGUGGGUCUGGGGGCUGUGGCCCUCACUCUCAGUGUGGAGUGGUUGGACUGGCUCUUCUGUCGCCUCUGGCCCCGUAAAAUAUCCAGAGGGCCCCUGAAAGAAGUGUUCUUUUUCCCUACAGAGGUCGCCUGCACGGAGCGUCUCUUCACUCCUGACUCACCAUUCCCCUGCCCCUGUCCCUUACCCCACAACGUCAACACCUCCUUCACCCGUCUCCUGAGCCACAUCCUGUCUGCCUCCUCCUCCUUGGACCUGUGUGUGUUCGCCUUCACCAACCUGGACCUGAGCCGGGCUGUGCUGGCCCUACACACCAGGGGCAUCCCCAUCCGUAUCCUCACUGACAUGGACUACACCCUCAUCACCGGCUCCCAGAUAGGGGCCAUCCGCAGAGCAGGCAUCUGUGUGAGGUGUGACUCCGGCGCCGUCCACAUGCACCACAAGUUUGCCGUGGUGGACAGCCGGCGCCUAAUUACCGGCUCCCUGAACUGGACCCUGACAGCCAUCCAGAGCAACAAGGAGAACAUACUGGUCACGGAGGAACCAGACCUAGUCCUGCCCUUCAUCACGGAGUUCAAGAGGCUCUGGGAUGUCAAUGACCCGGCUAGGAGACACCUGCCGUCCAUCGCUGAGAAAACUGCUAGUUUAGUACUAUAGAGAGACUGACAGAAACAAACAUGGCUGAAAUGUUUGUAUGGUGCAGUAGCUAGUGGUUA